UUUCCACUCUUUAGAAAGGCGAAAAGAAAAGAAAGAAGGGUCUCUCAAUCCACCCUUUUCCCCUGGAUCCCAGUCGGGAGAGGGAAGAAAAAGUGGGAACAGAGUGUUCUGAACAUAACUCCAAGUAAAAGAGCCUCAAGCUGAAGGUACAGUAUCUUGUUUACACUGAAGGAGCUUGUGUGUGGACAAGAAAGCGCUGACAGCUCAAAUGGAUCCCAUGGAACUGAGCAAUGUCAACAUCGAACCUGAUGAUGAGAGCAUCAGUGGAGAAAGUAUUCAAGAUAGCUACACCGGGAUGGGAAAUUUAGAAAAGGCAGCAAUGAGCAGUCAAUUUACUAAUGAAGAUGCUGAAAGUCAGAAAUUUCUGACAAAUGGAUUUUUGGGGAAAAAGAAGCUGGCAGAUUAUGACGAUGAACAUCAUCCUGGAACCACCUCCUUUGGAAUGUCUUCAUUCAAUCUGAGUAAUGCUAUCAUGGGCAGUGGAAUCCUGGGCCUGUCCUAUGCCAUGGCCAACACAGGGAUCAUCCUUUUUAUAAUCAUGCUGCUUGCCGUGGCAAUCCUAUCUCUCUAUUCAGUUCAUCUUUUAUUAAAGACUGCAAAGGAAGGAGGAUCUUUAAUUUAUGAAAAACUAGGUGAAAAGGCAUUCGGAUGGCCUGGGAAAAUCGGAGCUUUUAUUUCCAUUACAAUGCAGAACAUUGGAGCCAUGUCAAGCUACCUCUUCAUUAUUAAAUACGAACUACCUGAAGUAAUCAGAGCGUUCAUGGGACUUGAAGAAAAUACUGGAGAAUGGUAUGUCAAUGGCAACUACCUCGUCAUAUUUGUGUCAGUUGGAAUCAUUCUUCCACUUUCUCUUCUUAAAAAUUUAGGUUACCUUGGUUAUACCAGCGGAUUUUCUCUUACCUGCAUGGUGUUUUUUGUCAGUGUGGUGAUUUACAAGAAAUUCCAAAUACCCUGCCCUCUGCCUGUUCUGGAUCACAAUGUUGGGAAUCUGACAUUCAACAAUACAGUUCCAAUGCACGUGAUGAUGUUACCCAACAACUCUGAGAGUAGUGGUGUAAACUUCAUGAUGGAUUACACCCACCAGAAUCCUGCAGGGCUGGAUGACAACCAGGCCAAGGGCUCAAUUCAUGGCAGUGGAGUAGAGUAUGAAGCACACAGUGAUGACAAGUGUCAGCCCAAAUAUUUUGUAUUCAACUCCCGGACGGCCUACGCAAUUCCCAUCCUAGCAUUUGCUUUUGUAUGCCACCCUGAGGUCCUUCCCAUCUACAGUGAACUUAAAGAUCGGUCCCGGAGGAAAAUGCAGACUGUGUCAAAUGUUUCCAUCACGGGGAUGCUCGUCAUGUACCUGCUUGCUGCCCUCUUUGGUUACCUAACUUUUUAUGGAGAAGUUGAAGAUGAAUUGCUUCACGCUUACAGCAAAGUGUACACAUUUGACACCCCUCUCCUCAUGGUACGCCUGGCCGUCCUGGUGGCAGUAACACUAACUGUGCCCAUAGUGCUGUUCCCUAUUCGUACAUCAGUGACCACACUGUUAUUUCCCAAAAGACCCUUCAGCUGGAUAAGACAUUUCCUGAUUGCAGCCAUACUUAUCGCACUGGAUAAUGUUUUGGUCAUCCUGGUGCCAACUAUAAAAUACAUCUUUGGAUUCAUAGGGGCUUCUUCUGCCACUAUGCUGAUUUUCAUUCUUCCAGCAGUUUUUUAUCUUAAACUUGUCAAGAAAGAACCUCUUAGGUCACCCCAAAAGGUCGGGGCUUUAAUUUUCCUUGUUGUUGGAAUCAUCUUUAUGAUUGGAAGCAUGGCACUCAUUAUAAUUGACUGGAUUUACAAUCCCCCAAAUUCCAAGCAUCACUAACCCAAGGAAAAAUACUAUAUUUUCCUGUUGGAGACAGUUGCAAAUUAUGCUCCCAAAGACUUCUGAGUUAUCUCGAUUGGAAUGUUAUUCACAGGAAAUAACAGGAAGAGUCCAAAGAUGUUUACCAGCAAUAUCACCAGGCACCUGCAGAAGAGGAAGUCAUCAUUUUCGUCACAAAUGGCUGUUUAUGUGUUUAAAAUCUGUGGUGCACAUUUCUACCCAGGUUUUACUAGAGCAGUGUGAGAUGAUGUAUUUUUGCUUCUGCACAAGCAGAAUAAGGGUAGCUGCAUGAUAAUACCCUCUUCCCUCUCCUCCCACCUUCUCCCCCCACAAAAGUACCAAAUUCCUGUAUUCUCAGAACAUCAAACAAAAAUGCCCUGGUGGCAAAGCUAUUACCAUUUAAUGCCUUCCCUCAAUCUUGCACCAAAUACUCUGGGUGUAUUUAAUAACAGAGGCAAAAGGCAUGUUUUAUGAACUGUCUCUGUACGGUACAUGAGACACCAGGCUAGAACAUCUUAUGGUCAACAAUAAAGGAAUAUUUUGCCCAUCCUGUUUGUGACAUUGAAUUAGUGACUUCUUCAUUCAGUAGAUCUUUUGUAAAUGUUAAAACAUCUUACGAAACAUAGAGAGGGGCUUUAUUUAAAUUAUAGAGCAACAGCAAAACAAUGCUUAUAGCUAAACUGCGUGUUCUGGAAGCAUUUAUCAAUGUUAUUCCCAAUCCUCUUGUCAUAGUUUUGUCACUGAACAAUGCCCUCCCUCUCGUCUUCCAUUCUCAUUCAGAAUUUUUAGAAGACCACGAUUCACGUGGAGCUACACUACCCAGUAUUGUUUGAUACAUUUUUAUUUGAUAAACAUUCAGUGCAGGAAACUGUGAUUGCUAUAUGUUUAUGUAUAUAAUCUUAUUCUGUAGUCAUCAGAAUUUUAAUGUAUGGUACAUUUGAUUUUUAUUUUUUACAUGUGUAGUUUUCUCUCUUCACAGUCAAACAUUUAUCUUAUUGGGGGUGGGAGUAGGGAAUUAAUUUGAUGGGAUCAAAAAUCCAUGUGUAUGUAUCUGUUUAUUGGGGAUAUUUUAAAUUUGAAAUCUGAGUUAUAUAGUUCAGUAAUGCUCUUCUUCAAUGUUUACAAUAUUAUCGUAAUCAUCUAGAAGAAAAUAAGUUCCCUAUUUGCAAAUAAUUAUCAAUACUAAGGUUGUUCUUUUAAUUUAGCAGGUCUAAAAUAGGAUUUCAUUCAUUUUAGCUUGCACAGGUAUUUGCUGACAUUCAUUUGCUAUUUAAUACAAUGUUGAGCCAUUUUCUAUAAAAAUAAAAAUGCCAACACUACAAAGAGAUGCAAAUGAUUAUUCUUGCUCACUUCUACAACAUAGUUUCAUGAAAUGGAUUUAAAAUUUAGUAUUCAUUGCCUAGAAUUUCUGGAGUUUGCUCCUUUUUUUUUUCUCAAUCAGUAUCAAGCACAUUUAUUGUAUAUUUUAGUGCAGCCAAGUAUGAAAUAUAGGUAUAUAUAAGUAUGAUAAAAUUAAAUCAUAUUUCAAUAGUUUUUGCUGGAAUGUGCCUUAAGUAAAUAUAUAUUUGUUUUCUGUAUUAUUUUCUAGAGUCAUAAUACUGUAAAAUGGUGCACUUUGUUAAGGAAAUUGAGCAUUACUAGAAACUAUCAUAACUUCUGACUUACUAUUAUUGGAAAAAAUUUGCCAAGUAGCAUUUUUAAGAUAUAUUUCUAUUUUCAUUCAUUUAAAGAGUGUAUCAAAAUAGAAAGUGAAAAAAGGUACCUUCUGAGUGUUAAAAAAAUGUUUGGUCUGAAUGUAUUUAAAUGUAAAUAACAAAGAUUGAUCCAAAAAAUUGAAAACUGUAAAAUCUGUAUAUAUUUUGAAUGCUUUACAUGUGAAAUGACUGACUUGAAAAUAUCAACAUGUGUAAUUAUAUAAAUAUUCAAGAGCAAUACUACAGUGCCAAAUAAUAAAGCACCAUUUUUUUCUCAUGGCCUUUUUCAGGAUCAUAGAUCUCAUAGACUGCAGGGCAGACAUACAUAUGGCAUCUUGUACUGGUUAAUUUAGCCCCAUUUAUAAACAGAUGAAAACUUUAUUUUCUUAUUUCAUUUAUAAGAUGGUUCAAUGUAUUGGGAGGCUUUUUUAUUACAGAAAGUGUAUAUUGGUAUAUAAUAAAUGAAC